AUGCUUUUAAGGCUUCUAGUGCAAAGAGCCGCAAAAUUGGUAAUUACUUUGGCAUCUAUUGUGAUUUUCCUUCAGGGGUCCAUCGCCAUCGUUACACAUCAACUUAUAGCCAAGUUGAUAUUCAACGAUGACCCAGUUAGAAGACAGAAGCAUUUGGACUCUAGCAAGAAAACUUUCAUUCUCUUGUUGGUGACAAUUCUCACCAUAGUGGCACCUUCAAAAGUAAGGAUAACUACGGACAAUCACACGAUCGCGAAGAAUCUUGUGGUAUGCGAUCCCAAAACAGGCAGACUGCUGUCGAGCUUGAAACGAAAGUCUGUCAUGAUUUCUAACCAUCAGAUCUACACCGACUGGGUCUUUCUAUGGUGGCUUGCUUACACAGCAGGACUAGGUGGGAACGUUUUCAUCAUGCUUAAGAAAUCGCUACAACGCAUACCAAUUAUGGGAUACGGAAUGAAGAACUUCAAGUUCAUCUUCAUGAAUCGUAAGUGGAGCAGAGAUAAGAUCAACUUAGCUAAUAGGCUAAGUGAUAUGGACCACAAUGCACGCGGCGUUGGCGAAUUGGCCGGAAAACGAAUUGCUCAUAAGACCGCCGAUGGACUUGAGAUCUGGAAUGAUAAAGGGUCAACCGAAGUCGACCAUAAACAAAUUUGUUGGCCUUAUUCCCUAUUGAUUUUUCCUGAAGGCACAAAUUUAAGCCAGAACACCAGGAAUAAGAGCGAAAUCUUCGCAUCAAAAUCCAAUCUUCCUAUUUUCAGAAACCUAGUGCUUCCCAGAGUAACAGGUCUAAGAUUUGCUCUCCAGGAACUCAAGAAUAGCUGCGAGGUUGUGUAUGACGCCACGAUCGGAUAUUCUGGGGUCAAACAACACGAGUAUGGUCAAGACAUCUACAAAAUAGGAAACAUUUUCUUGAAGGGUCACUCACCCGAUGUUGUGGAUAUCCACCUUAGAGCGUUUGACGUGCACGAUAUACCGAUAGAUGACGAGAGCAAGUUUACCGAAUGGCUACUUAAUAUUUGGCGAGAAAAAGACGAGCUUCUAGACCGCUACUAUGCCACAGGCUCUUUCGAUAGUGAUGGUAGUAUGAAGCAAGUUGUUACAGGCACUUGCAAAAUCCAGGGAUAUGAAAUGGCACGAAUUUUGGCACUUCCGUGCCUGACAAUACUGAUUUUGGCCAUUAUGAUUUGGAGCAAAUAUGCUUAA